AUGUCAUGGAACGAUCCAGUGAUCCUGCUAAUGCAAGACCCCGACUUAUUCACCACUAAGGAACUGUCGGCAAACCUUACCGACUUCAUCAGCGGGCUCGCUGAGCGCCGCAUUUCGAAGUUAUGCAAUCAGGGUGUGGCUAUCCUCAAACAAUUGGAGAAGAUCAAUGCCCUGUUUCGUACCUGGGAGUUCAUGCUGAUGGAUUACAACCUGGAUCGACAUUUCGGCGAUGAGGGUAAAGAUGUCCACUCAUUUAAUCAGAGCAUCGCCGAGCGAGUCAUGGAUGCGUGUAAAGACCACCAGACGAAGCUCUACUAUAUUGGCAUUGACAUCGACAACCUCACCAAGAUAUCCCGCACUUUAACUCCAAUCGAGUACAUCAGUGAUCUGGGGACCUUACUCACUCUGUUGGUGCUUCGGUCGAUCCGAACCAAAAAUGAAGUCCAAGAACGUACCACCGUCGCUUACUCAAAGGCUAAGCUCAUAUUAAUAGGAAAGGAGUUGGACGAGAUUGCCGAGCCCGAUGUGCUGGCGCAGUAUAAGCAAUUAUUGGGGCUGCUAAUCAAACAACUCAAUGAAGCGAUCGAAGAGGAUGACACCGAAGGCAAAUACGAAUGUCUUGCGGUGAUAUCCGAUAUGGAACUGAUGUUCGAGACAUUUAAGUCAGAAAAGCUUGCGGAACGCCAACAACAGCUGGCAGUUGUACCCCACGAGUACAAAGACUACGUCGACUUGGGUAAGCCAAGCGACAAUAGUCAUGUUGGCGACGACGAACCGCAGCCCUAUUUCGCCGAAAAGGAGUUUCCUCAUGACCCGUACGAUAUCCACGACCCGAACAACUACGAUAAACCCAUCUCCCCGCCCCUGCAUCAAACCACCAUGUUCGAGGAUGACUUGGCCUCGGAGUAUAACCUGUUAUACACCCUGCUGAUAUCGCAAUCGGCGCCUCUUGUUCGUUCGAUUACCAAGUCACCCACGAAAAAGUUCCCUCGCCCCGAGCUGACGCUGCUGCAAGAGCUUUACCGAACCUCGAUCACUGAGGAGAUGCCCUAUUUAAUGCUGGCAUUCUCGCUGGCGAAGAACAUCACUGAAGACGUUCAACAUUACAAAAAUGAUACCACCACUGUGCAAAAAACACAGCAUAAGACCCGCAAACCGAAAACGUCCACCGCAAACAACCUGCUGCUGAUUUCCCUGUUACCUACCCGCGAAACGAACCAGAAUAUGCUGAUACCUCGGUCAUUGGGCGACUCAGCACUUUAUCUGGGGCUGAGUAUGCUCAAGCCGUUGCCGCAGUCUUUCUUGAAGGACGGCAACAACACCAUGUUGGCACGCUUGGGUAUCAAACCUCAAGUGAUUUCAGUGCUGACCCCGUACACUGAAGAAGACAAUAAGGAAAACACCUCAAACGCGCUUACGCCGUUGACGAGAGAAAACCUACGCAGUUUAGACGAUUUGGUCGAUUAG